AUGGCUUCUGAUGAUCUUAUUCGUCCAGGCUCAUGUAUCAAAACACCCAACAUGUUUCGUUGCUCUCGCCGCUCCGGGGCUUGCUCUGAAUGGCCAACCCCUUCGCUUACCCCCGUGCGAGUCGAGAAGGGGGACGUGACCAGAGAGAGGCACCGAGAGGGUUCGUUGCUCGUCCUACCUCUCGCCCUCCCCUUUCGUUUCACCGGACAGUCCUCCCCCAGAAAUUGCACGAAUCCCUGCAAGAUCGAAUCUCACUGCGUAUUGCUCCCGAUCUCAAUCCUCCUAUUUGUGGCUAGUUGCCACGUUGCUGUGUUCCUUGAAACUUCGAUCCUGUUUUUAAAAUUGAAGGGCGCCUAUACGGCAGCAUGGUCCACUUUUGCAUUCAUACGAAGCAGCACCCAACUCUAUUGGAUGAAGAAAAGUACAUAG